CAUUCCAAACCCCAAAAAGCAAAUCAAACCCAAUUCAACAAAAAAACACCCACACUGGUCUUUUUUUUUUUUCCCACAACAAAAGAACACAAAACAAAAAGGAAAAAUGCCUCUCAUUACAGAAGAGCUGAAAGCCAAAGCUGAUGAAGUCUACUAUGGUGACAAGAUCUCACAAGAGAAAACAAAGCUUCUUCUGAAAGAAGUGGGGCUUCCAAAUGGGCUUUUGCCAUUGAAGGACAUAAUAGAAUGUGGCUAUGUGAAGGAGACUGGCUUUGUUUGGAUGAAGCAAAAGAAAGCCAUAACCCACAAAUUCCACAAGAUUGGGAAGCAAGUGAGCUAUGCCAAAGAAGUCACUGCCAAUGUGGAGAAGAAUAAAGUCAAGAAUUUGACUGGUGUUAAAGCCAAGGAGGUUUUGGUUUGGCUCACUUUGUCCGAGAUCUACGUCGACGACCCCCCGACCGGGAAUAUUACCUUUCAGAUCCCCGCGGGGCUCUCUAGGGCUUACCCGGUCGACGCAUUCGAGGUCGAGGAGGAGGAGGCGGCGACCGAAAAUAAGGAAGUGAAAGAGGAGGGAGUGAAGGAGAAGAUCAAGGAGGUGAAAGAGGUGGGUAAUGGAGGGAGUGUGGUGGUGAAUGUGAAAGAGGUUUGAGAAUGUUUCUUAAUUUACAGUUUCUUGAUGUGGUAGGGUUGAGAUUAAUUUUGUGGUAUUUUACCUUAAAUGGUUGUUGAACCCUUUCAUUGGAAUUGGUCAUAGUAUAAUUAAGAUCAUAUUUGUAAGUUUUUCUUAAUAAAUCCUUUCCCCAAUGUUCUACUAUUAUAUGUAUACCUAUUUUUGUAUA